GGGCGCGAGAGACAAGACAGGCCAAUCCGGACAAGACGUGGAAAAGAGGCGCCGCGCCAGCCAGUCACGUCGCGAGGUCCGGGUCGGGGAGGCUGACGCGAGUGCGGGCCGCAGCCAAUGGGCGUGCCACUACCCGUCCGCUCUUCAGCAGCCGGUCGGGGGUGGUGGAGGAACGAGUGAGGAGCGACGGCGGCGGCGGAGCCAUCGCUGGACGGCCAGGGGGAAAGCGAGGCCCGAGCCUCUGAGUCUAGAAUGACAGAAUGUCUAAGUGCUGAGUUCCUGAGGUGAGAGCAAAGAAGUAAUAUGAGUGGUAUGGAGUUAAUCAGGGAAGGUUUCCAGGAAGAGGUGCUCCUCCCAGGUGGUCAUCCAGAUUAAAAGUCUAAGACAGUGAGACAAAACGACAUUGGAUGUGCUGUGUUAAACAUAGAAGAAAAACCCCUGUUUGGAAGUCAGUGACUCAUUGAAAAGAUAAAUGAAAUAUAUUAUUCUUUGUCCAUUGGAUCUCCCUGCUGUCUCAAUUGGAUCAGAAUGGUUUCAAUCCCAGAAUACUAUGAAGGCAAGAACGUCCUCCUCACUGGAGGUACCGGUUUCCUAGGGAAGGUACUUCUGGAAAAGUUGCUGAGGUCUUGUCCUAAGGUGAAUUCAGUGUAUGUUUUGGUGAGGCAGAAAGCUGGACAGACACCCCAAGAACGAGUAGAAGAACUUAUUAGUGGCAAGCUCUUUGACAGACUGCGAGAUGAAAAUCCAGAUUUUCGAGACAAAGUUAUAGCGGUCAACAGUGAACUCACCCAACCCAAACUGGCUCUUAGUGAAGAAGAUAAAGAGAUCAUCAUAGAUUCUAUCAAUAUUAUAUUCCACUGUGCAGCUACAGUAAGGUUUAAUGAAAAUUUAAGAGAUGCUGUGCAGUUAAAUGUGAUUGCUACACGUCAGCUUAUUCUCCUUGCACAACAAAUGAAGAAUCUGGAAGUAUUCAUGCAUGUAUCAACAGCAUAUGCCUACUGCAAUCGAAAGCAUAUUGAUGAAGUAGUCUAUCCACCUCCUGUGGAUCCCAAGAAAUUGAUUGAUUCUUUAGAGUGGAUGGAUGAUGGCCUGGUAAAUGAUAUCACACCAAAAUUGAUAGGAGACAGACCUAAUACAUACAUAUACACGAAAGCAUUGGCAGAAUACGUUGUACAACAAGAAGGAGCAAAGCUGAAUGUGGCGAUUGUAAGACCAUCGAUUGUUGGUGCCAGUUGGAAAGAACCUUUUCCAGGAUGGAUUGAUAACUUUAAUGGACCAAGUGGUCUCUUUAUUGCGGCAGGGAAAGGAAUUCUUCGAACAAUGCGCGCCUCCAACAAUGCCCUUGCAGAUCUUGUUCCUGUAGAUGUAGUUGUCAACACGAGUCUUGCGGCAGCCUGGUAUUCCGGAGUUAAUAGACCAAGAAACAUCAUGGUGUAUAACUGUACAACAGGCAGCACUAAUCCAUUCCACUGGGGUGAAGUUGAAUACCAUGUAAUUUCCACUUUCAAGAGGAAUCCUCUCGAACAGGCCUUCAGACGGCCCAAUGUAAAUCUAACCUCCAAUCACCUUUUAUAUCAUUACUGGAUUGCUGUAAGCCAUAAGGCCCCAGCAUUCCUGUAUGAUAUCUACCUCAGGAUGACUGGAAGAAGCCCAAGGAUGAUGAAAACAAUAACUCGUCUUCACAAAGCUAUGGUGUUUCUUGAAUAUUUCACAAGUAAUUCUUGGGUUUGGAAUACUGACAAUGUCAAUAUGUUGAUGAAUCAACUAAACCCUGAAGAUAAAAAGACCUUUAAUAUUGAUGUACGGCAGCUACACUGGGCAGAAUAUAUAGAAAACUACUGCAUGGGAACGAAGAAAUAUGUACUGAAUGAAGAAAUGUCUGGUCUCCCUGCAGCUAGAAAACAUCUGAACAAGUUGAGGAACAUACGGUAUGGUUUCAAUACUAUCCUUGUGAUCCUGAUUUGGCGUAUUUUUAUUGCAAGAUCACAAAUGGCAAGAAACAUCUGGUACUUUGUGGUUAGUCUGUGUUACAAGUUCCUGUCAUACUUCCGAGCAUCCAGCACUAUGAGAUACUGAAGAUGAGAAUUUAGCAUUAGAACAUCUAUGUGUAUGGGGGUCUAAAUGCACAAAAUGUAAAAUGUACUUAAGUCAUCUCACCUUUUGUUAAGACAUUAAACCAUCUUAGAUCAGAGUAUGGAGUACAGUAUGGUACAUUUUAUGUAACAUUUUAAUGUUUAUGCUUAUAAAACUCUAGUGAACACACUGUGGUAAUGCCAGCUCAAAUCUACAAUAGCCACCAAAACCAUGACUUAACAUUUUGAUCCCUGGGGACAAGAGGUGGGGUGAGGGUAGGAAUGGGGAAACAGGAACACUGACCAGUAUAACUGUGCAAUUCUGGAACAUGUUAAUUAAAAUAUGCCUUAAACAUAAUGAGUUUAUAAUUCUAAUACAUAGUGCAGUGGAAAGCAUUUAUUGGACAGAAAUACAUAGCUAAGUUGGUAGAUAUUUAAUUCUUCAGUGUUUGGUUUUUUUCAUCAGUUGAAGUGGGUUUUAGUUUUGUUAAAAUUAUAGCCAAACUAUUUUUACAUGUUUUGUAAGUUACUGAGUGGUCUUCAUUGUGAAACACAUGUUCUCAGUUUCCUUUCUCUGAUUAGUGGUCUAAUGCACAUCAUUUUUGUGUAAGCAAUCAAUUGCUUCCAUAAUCAGAAGGCUAUAUAUUAUUCUAAAGACCCUACUGGCUCUAAAUGAGUUUGAGAAUCCAUUUCACCACAUGCUAUGUAUUUAUUGAGGGAAAAUGACAACAAAUUCAGUAAGACAAUUAGUAUCAAAAAGAAGACGAAUACAGUUUUCUUGUCUACCAUAUGACCAAAUAAAAAUCAGUCCUGUGAAAUUGUGUUCAUAGUUUGAAGCUGGAGGGUUUCUUGAGACUGGCAGAGGGGGUUGCAGGCGGGGAGGGGUUCACCACGUUUGUGCUCUCUUCCCUGUGUACAUUUUAUUAAUAGGACUUUUAAAAGGCUUACACAGUCUUUCCAGUGAAAACUGAUAGUGCUUUAUUAUGGAAGAAUAUAUUUGCAGGUAGUUCUAACAUUAAGAAAAUGUUCUCACAUGUGUGUAAACACAUUCUAACUUAUGACCUUGAGAGCUGAAUUCCUUCAAGAAAAAUAAAAUAAUGUGUAUAAAAUUAAAUAAAGGACUUUGCAUACCACCUAAACUAACAAACUGUUGAAUGAGUUUCAAGAUACCAUUUAUUUUUUCUGCAUGUAGUUUUAGCUUUAGAAAGAGAUGCAUUAUAGAAACAAUAGCAAGAAAAUUAAUGUGUAUUUUAAUGAUACAUUAUUAUUCCCUUUAAAUCUUUAAACCUUAAUAGUAGUAAACUGUCCUUACUCUUUUAACAUACAUUUGGUUUAACAAAUUGAUCAGCAUAACAUGUUCUAAUUUAGCUGAUCAAGUUGUACUAUAUUUAAAUCAUCAACAGUAUAUCUUGAAUGUGUUUAAUGAGGUCCGUUCACAAUACAAAAAGUUACAUAGAACUUUACAUCUUACUUUUCUCUGUCAAUUUAAAUGUAAGAAGUUUAUUUUGUUAUUGUGAAAACCUAAAUGUAAAGGAAACCACCUUCUUCCAUGCAGGUGCGUAAUCUUGAGAAGGAAAAAUGCUUCCAUGGUGAAGCCAGAGUUUCUGUAGUAAAACUUUUAAACAUUAUUUUAAAAGAAAUAUGUAUAUAAAUAUAUAAAUAUAUACAUAUAUAUAUAUUCUUUGAAAUGAUACUAAGUCUCUGGUCUAGGACCAUGCCUUUCGUAAGGUGUGAGAGACCAUGACAGUGUCUAAAAAUGGAAUAAAUGAUGAUGCCUUUAAUUUAAAGUGGCCCAUAAUUAACUCUAGAUGCUCUAUACAUUGAGUACUCCAUCUCUCCAAAUUACAUUUCCUAAUGUGUUGAAAACAUGCUAACAUUUGUAUGAUGUUUGUACUCUGCCAGAUAUACUUAGAAUCAGAUGAAGUGUCUUUGUAUCUUGCAGAAGAAUCAGGUACAACUUUGACAGGCAUGUGAAGUACAGAGGGGGGUAUGUCUUCUGAACCAUGUCAUUGUUCUUGUAAUCUAAUAUAGAGAAAUGCUAGCAGGUGCUGUGACCACUGCAUUAAUUUUGUGUGUUUAGAAUUCUGUUGUCAGAAGAAACUAAUGAAUGAAUUAAUAUGUCAUUGUAGGACUUAGUUCUAAAAUUAGUAUGAAGAAUACAUAGGUUGUUAAUCCCCACCAUCUAGACUUAAACUUAACUCAAAGGUUUUGGAAAUCAUUUUUGUUUGUGUCAUUUGUUAGACAGGGGUUUAGUUCUGUUUGAUUAUAUUUUCGCACAAACUCCAUUUUUAACAUGAUAGCCUAAUAAAUUUGACAUUUUAUUUAAUUUAUUUGAUACAGCUAUGUUGUAAAGCAUUUGGGUUUUUUUUCCCCGCUCGUCACUCCUGAUUCUUAUAAUUCUGUGUGUUUGUCAAUUAUGACAUCAUCUGUGGCUAUGUUUAAAUUUGACUUGGCAACAUUAAUAUGUUUUAAAAUUCAACAAAGAAGCAUGGCAGUAUGUCAGUAUGUUCUUUGACUUAAGAAUGGUAUAAACAUGGUCUAAAAAUGGUAAUAAAGAUUGGAAGCAGGGAGGAAAAGAAUCUUCUCCCCUUUUUUUGUGUGUGUCUGUAGGAACUGGUUCAGGGUUUUUUGCUUUUUGAUUUAAAUGUAAAUUGAUAAUCUUUUAUAAGCGGUAAAUAGAAGCAUUAUUGGGUGCCUUUGUUUGUAAACCAAAAAGUAAUAAAUGAAUCCCUAUAUUUCCAUUA